AUGGGGACUGGCCCCCCCACCCCUGCAAUCCGGGCCCGUCCGGGUCCACCGGGAGCGACCACCGACGGAGCGCGACCCAAGGGGAACCCGGUGAAGGCCGUGAAGAAGAGGCUCCCGCGCUCGGCGGCAGUGCUGCUAGCCGGACAGGGUAACCUGUCCGAAGCGCUGCUUAUGGCGAGGCGGGAAAUCGUCUUGGGGGAUCUUGGCAUCGAUAGACUCGAUGCCAGGAGAACCCGCGGAGGGGAACUCCUCGUGGAGGUGCCGGGGGGAGGGCAGGAUGCGGAGGCGAAGGCUUGUCGCCUAACCUCCGCAAUCCAGAUAGCCCUCCAGAAACACGGGAUGGAGGGGGUGAGGGUCUCUAGGCCCAAAAUCAGGCUGGACCUCCGCCUGAGAGGGGUGGAGGAAUCGGUCUCGGAGGAGGAGAUCCGCAGGGAAAUUUCCCUGCGCGGCGGAUGCUCCGAAUCCGAGAUUCGAGUGGGACCGCUGCGCGCCACGAACACCGGCAAGCGCACGGUAUGGACCCAAGGCCCGGCGAGGGCCAUGAUUAAGGUGGCGGAGGCAGGGAGGAUCGAAAUUGGGUGGUCCAACGCUCGGGUCGAACUGCUGCCGAGCAGACCGGCCCGCUGCUUCCGCUGCCUGACGCGGGGACAUACGCAGCAGAGGUGCCCGUCCAAUGUGGACAGGGCCCUCUGCUGCUUUCACUGCGGAGAGGAGGGGCACAAGGGGUCAACGU